CAAAAGAAGAGAAUUUAUACCCCUCUUUGUCUUCCUCUUUUAUCUGUUUGGUUGAUUUAUUCAGCUCCUUUUAGUACCUGGAGCCAGGAGUGGUGAGAGAGGAGAGAAGACCCAGCCACCAAUCCUCAUUGGGUAUUUCUGGUGAUGACUUAGAUUACGCCGUUUAGCAUGAUGGCCUUCGGGGCUUUCUUCCAUCUUAUUGCUAUCUACAGAUAUUAUUCAUGUUUCUUUGAGAGAACACUGGAGCUGAGUUCAUGAUAUUCAUAAUAUUUGCAGUAGCAUUCUAAUCCUCAAUUCUUUUCAUAUUAGAUACUGUGGCUAGUUUUUGAUUGUGAAUGAUGAUCGUUAUGGCCGGUGUAUCCUUUUUGCUUCUUUUGUAAUAAUUAAGAUGCUUUUUUAUGUUACCUUUUAUGAGUCAAACGAAGUCGGUCUUUUUAUGAGCAAUGGUUAAACUAAAUGUGCGGUGAAUAGACUAACUUUUCAUUAAACUUUAUGAGAAUUUCUCACCGAAAGCAGUUGCAAAAACUAUGCAACUCUGUGAAAACCAAACUUACCAACCUGACAAAGUUCCUUUUUUAUAUCAGCAUCAGAUGCCUCAGAAAGAAGAUGCCACCAAUGAUGAUGGAGGCUCUGUCAAGAUCGGCACAACCGGCACAAUUGGCUCCUUGAUGACUCGAGAAAUAGAAUCCAUGAAACAAGCAUCUUCAUCUGCUCAAAGAAAACAACAAACUGGUCCAGUCUCCGUACCCUGUGGUGCUAAUCCUAGGAAAGCAUUGCAAAGGAGAAACCAAACUAAUGAGUAUGGCAGCACCGGCAGUAGCAGUAGUGGAACUGGACAUACACAUUGUUCAAACCAUGAAGAUGCUCAAAAAUCCCAACAUACCCCACGAAAAAAGGGACACCGCCAUGCUCCAAUUCUAAGAUCAGAUGACAGCCCUACAAACCGAAAUUUGGACACUGACAAGGUGGAAAAAAAAGUUCACACUUACAUGGUGAAAGUAGUAGAUCUAAAGUGCGGCAAUCCCAUGAGCAGCCGGCUCAAGAAGCUCAGCUUCUCCAAGCUCUCCGAAUCCAUCUCCUAGCCUUCGGGCAGUUUCUUCCUAUCGGUCCUCAGGUUCCUCCUGUAGCCGCUUCCUGCAGUUCUCUCAAUUCGGCUUGUAUCAGCAACAUCCAUGGCAGAACAGAUACUGGGAAGAAAUCCUCCGGUGGCUGCCACCUUCUUUUUCUUCUUUCCAACUGCUCUACUUGGGCCUGGCUUUUGCUUAGAUCCUCCACUGGUGGAGGCUACGUCUAUGCUCACUUUAUGCUGUUUCUGGUUGGAGACUUGAUGGCAGUCCAGAUCUAGCCGCUGGAGAUAUUCCAUCUCUCGUGAGACCAGCCAUCCUAUUGUUCCUUGAGCACCCACCUCCACCGGAGCUCGCUCAUCAGCCAUUGUUGCUUCAAGGCAAAAUGGGAGGAUGAUGGUAAAGUAGCUUUGAAUGCUGUCCUGGCUUGUUGAAAGUAGUCUUUUGUUGUGCUUUGUGGUUGGAGGGGCGGUUGGUGGUUGCCUUUGACAUAAAUGCAUGUUUAGCAAACACAAGACGAAAUUGGAGGAUGAUGAUGGUGUCCUCUACUGCAAUGCACGAUUCGGCUAAUCUUUGCCUGCUUAAUUGAUCUUUCUACUGUUAUUAGAUGCUGA